CAUUGGAUUUAAAAAUGGCGUUCAAAAUAGCGACGUUAAAAUUCAAUAUUCAUAAAUGGUCUAGUUACUCUUAUAACUAUAUUCCAGAAAAUAUAUAUGUUGACAAACCAGCUGAUCAAUCUUCCAGAUGGUCAUCAGAUUCUAAUCAUCCUCCACAGUUUCUGUUACUGAAGCUGGAACAGGCAGCAAUUGUAGAUUCAAUAACAUUUGGGAAAUACGAAAAGACCCAUGUAUGUAACCUGAAAAAGUUUAAAGUGUAUGGUGGCCUAAGUGACGAUCAUAUGAUAGAAUUAUUAGAGAGUGGAUUGAAGAAUGACCAUAUACCAGAAACAUUUCCCCUGAAGAAUGAAAUAGACAGUAAUCAUUUUCCAUGUAGAUAUAUAAAAAUAGUGCCACUUCAGACUUGGGGUCCAAGUUUUAAUUUUAGCAUAUGGCAUGUUCAACUGAAUGGUAUAGAUGAUCCAGAUGUUGUUAAACCUUGUAUGAACUGGUACAAUACAUAUAGAGAGAAAGAAGCAAUUAGAUUAUGCCUGAAACAUUUUCGUCAGCGACAGUAUGUUGAGGCAUAUGAGGCGUUACAGAAGAAGACACGGGUAGAUCUAGAACACCCAAUCCUAACUGAGCUUCAUGGUCUACUGGUUACACAGGGAAAUUACGAUGCCUGUGAAGAUCUCAUAACUAAAGCAUGUGAAGAGGGUUUGUUUGAGCAGUACAUAAGUGACCAGGAUUACAAACCAAAAUGGACAGCAAUUGAACCUGUAAGUUCAGGGUCAGAGAGUACAGAUUGUCGUCCAGGUAUGAGAGGUGGACAUCAGAUGGCCCUUGACAUUCACACAGAGAGUUUAUAUUUAUAUGGUGGCUGGGACGGCAACCAGGACCUGGCUGAUUUAUGGUGCUAUAAUUCUCCAAACAGACAAUGGACGUGUUUGUCUCGGAAUGCAGCCGAGGAGGGUGGACCCUCUGCUAGAUCGUGUCAUAAAAUGUGCCUUGAUUAUGAAAGAAAACAAAUUUUUACUCUUGGUAGAUAUCUAGACUCUUCAAUGAGAACAGAGGACAAUUUAAAGAGUGAUUUUUACAUGUAUGAUAUAGAAAACAAUAAGUGGAUGUUAAUUACAGAAGACACAUCUGCAAUGGGAGGGCCUAAGCUUAUCUUUGAUCAUCAAAUGGUUAUAGAUAUAAAAGAACAAACACUUUAUGUAUUUGGUGGUAGAGUUUUAACCUGUACAACAGAAGGGGAGAGAAAUGUUACUCCACAGUUCAGUGGAUUAUUUUCAUACCAUAUACCAACAAACACGUGGACUAAAUUACGAGAUGACUGUGCAGAAUUGAGGUCCAGAAUAGGUCACUCUAUGUUGUUUCAUCCUUAUAAUCUGACAGUUCCUGCAGCUGGAUUUACACAAAGAGCAACACUAGAUCCUGACACAGAUGAGAUACAUGUACUAUCUGGUCUAAGUAAAGACAAAGAUAAAAGAGAUAAUGUGAAAAAUUCAUUUUGGGUGUAUGAUAUAAAUAAAUGUAAAUGGUCGUGUAUAUAUAAGAAUGAGAAUACUGGACAGCAGUACUGGACUAAGAUGCAGCAUGUAGAACCUGUUCCAAGGUUUGCCCAUCAACUUGUAUAUGAUCAUGUCAGAAAGGUGCAUUAUUUAUUUGGGGGCAAUCCAGGAAAGGAAAGUCUACCUAAAAUGAGAUUAGAUGAUUUUUGGUGCUUACAGUUAUGCCGGCCAUCUCCUGUAAACUUAUUGCGGCGAUGUAAAUAUUUAAUGAGGAAAUACAGAUUUCAAGAAUUAUCAAGCCAGGACCAGCAGAAGGCCAUGUUAUAUUUACAGCGAGAUCUAGCCGCUGUGAUAGACCAUAAUAGUGAGGCUGAAACACAAGAGUUUCAUUUGCUUGCUUCCACAUUGUUUUCGAGUGGUUUAGAGGAUGAAGAAAUGUAUGAUAGCCAAAGUUCUUUCAGUGAAUCAAAUACAUCAGAAUCUUACCAUAAAAGGACAGAAUUGUUUGAUUUACUCGUAGAAUUCUUCCCUGAAAACAUGACUCAACCCAAAGGUAACCUUGUCGAUUUAAUACCACUGUGUUGAUGACAUUGGAGGCAGUUUGGAGAAUUCACCCCAUAUUGGGGGCUAUCUCUUGCUGUUUCUUGUAACACACAAGACUUUCUGUUCAGAAAUUGGUGAACGGUGGUGGAUAUUGGUGAUGAAAUUUGUGAACUGUUCAGAAUACGAAGAUGAUUGACAGAUUAAUUAACUUAUAAAGUGGAUUAUUCGGAUGAUCUAGGAAAUUUGAAGAUUUUAAUAAUUGAGGCAUGAAUUGUAUUUAAAUUUUUAUCACUGCAUAAUGAAUACAAUCUGGAAAUAAAAGGAUUUGAUGAAAUAUAUAUUUACUCGUGACAGUUGAGAAUAGUGACGUUUUUCGAUAACUUUGAAACAAAUUAUUUGAAACAUUGAUGAUUUGGAUUGUGAGGUAAUGAAUUGUGAAAAGUAUUAUUUGUGAAUAAUGGGCAUUUUUUUAAAAAGUGAAGUUUUAAAUGCCUUAUUUGAUGAACACAUGAAAAUGAAAAAGUGUUUUCUUAAAUUUUGACACUGGACAAAAAUAUCUGAGAAGGCAGGGCACCUUCUGACAUAAUGAUAACUUAUUUUAAUUGUGAUUUUUUCUUUUGCUUUUAUUAGAAGCUAUCAGAAGGAAUUUAUAAGAAUGCAUUUUUUUUCACAAGAAAUUAUCAGAAAUGUACUAAGUGUUGAGAUUUUUAUCAUAUUAUUUUUAUACCAAGAUUAAUUUAUAGGUCAGAACAAGCUUUAAUGUGAUCAUGAUUUAGACAACUACCGCUAAGAUAUUACCCUUGUGGUUGGGAAGUACAAUACAUUGAAUAUGUAGUGAUGUUACAGUCUGUAUGUCUGUUCAUCAGUAUGGUACAAUCUUGCAUAUGCUUUAACUCCACAACCAAUUGUAUGAUUGGAAUGAAACCUACACUGAAGUGGUUGUCAUAAAGCCUUUUGUGGUAUUGUCUUAGAUAUACAUAUAGGAGAAAUCCCAAGGAUAAAUCAUUACGGUUUUACCAUAUGGUUUUCCUUUAACUACAGAAAUGUUUUAUUAAUGACACUUUUUCAGAUAAUAUUAAUUUUUAUUAUAUACUUAAAAAUGAAAUAUUGAGAAAUAUUGAUUAAAUAAAAUGCGUAUUUUCAUUUUCCGUAUUUUCACUGUAAAAAUUUAUUUUUCACUGCAGUGAAACAUAUUUUCCGUAUUUUCACUGGUGUCUUGCCGGACUACUUUCUUUUAAAUUCUGCCAGUACACAAAAUUUAAAAAAAAA